UGAGUUUGUGUCUGUCACCAUGACGACCAUCACGAUUGACCUGGAGAAAGACCCUGCGGUCACCAAUUUGAGAAACUACCUCCGAAUCCGCAGCGUGCAGCCUAAUAUUAAUUAUGAUGAAUGCAUCACCUACCUCCGCGGUCAGGGAGCGCAGCUGGGCCUUCCCGUCCAGGUGUUCGAGCCGGUGCCCAAGAAGCCCGUGCUGGUCAUGACCUGGCUGGGAACAGAACCCGCGCUGCCCAGCAUCCUGCUCAACUCGCAUAUGGACGUCGUGCCCGUGUUUGAGAAAAGCUGGACCCACCCGCCUUUCGCCGCGGAUCUAGUAGACGGCGUCAUCUACGCUCGAGGAGUCCAGGACAUGAAGUCGGUGGCGGUGCAGUACAUAGAAGCAGUACGGCGCCUCAAGGAGAAGGGCAUACGGUUGAAGAGAACCGUCCACUUGUCUUUUGUGCCAGAUGAGGAGAUUGGCGGUGGUCCAGGCAUGGCCGAGUUCGUGAAGACCGACGGCUUUAAGGGUUUGAACGUGGGCUUCUCCCUGGAUGAGGGCCUGGCCAGUGCAACCGACGACUACGUGGUGUUCAAUGGAGAAAGGAGCAUUUGGCACAUAGAAGUAACUUGCCGGGGCAAGUCGGGGCACGGCUCGCUGCUGCUUCCUGAUAAUAACGGGGAGAAGAUCCGCUACAUCAUUGACAAGUUCAUGGACCUGCGCGGGGAGUCCAAGAAGAAGCUGGAAGACGACCCCAGCCUGACCAUCGGUGACGUCACUUCUGUCAACCUCACCCAGCUUCAUGGCGGUAUCCACGACAACAUCAUACCGGAGAAGCUGUCGGUCUGCUUCGACAUCCGCCUGGCGCUGUCCGUGGACCACCAGCAGUUCGAGGACAUGAUCAAACGCUGGUGCGCCGAAGCGGGUUCUGACGUCACGUAUACGUUCGCUCAGAAGGACUGCUACGUGGCGUCCACUCCUCUGGACAACACCAACCCCUACUGGCUGGCCUUCAAGGAGGCUGCUGAGAAACUGAACAUCUCCCUGAAGCCGCGAACGUUUCCCGGCGGGACUGACAGCCGGUACAUUCGUCAGUUAGGCGUCCGUGCACUAGGCUUCUCUCCCAUGGCGCGCACGACCCCAAUGCUGCACGCGCACGACGAAAACUUGCACGCGGGGACGUACCUUAGGGGCAUUGAGAUUUACGAGGCUUUGGUGCCCGCAUUGGCUAAUGUCGACAGCUUCUAAAUCUUUUUUUGAUGUAAAUAAACAUGCUUAUUCAACAAAGUAUCU